GGGCUGAAAGGAAGUGAUAUCAACUGGCACCAUGUUCCUGUACAACUUAACUCUACAGCGGGCCACUGGGAUCAGCUAUGCCAUCCAUGGUAACUUUUCAGGUACUAAACAGCAAGAAAUUGUUGUUUCCCGAGGGAAAAUCUUGGAAUUGCUUCGUCCUGAUCCAAACACCGGAAAGGUUCAUACCUUGUUGACAGUAGAAGUUUUUGGCAUCAUUCGCUCCCUCAUGGCCUUCAGAUUAACUGGUGGGACCAAGGACUAUAUUGUCGUGGGCAGUGAUUCAGGUCGUAUUGUUAUCCUGGAAUACCAGCCCUCUAAAAAUGUGUUUGAGAAAAUUCAUCAGGAAACUUUUGGCAAGAGUGGUUGUCGCAGAAUUGUUCCAGGACAGUACUUAGCUGUGGAUCCUAAAGGGCGGGCUGUCAUGAUCAGUGCCAUUGAGAAACAGAAGCUUGUGUACAUUCUGAACAGAGAUGCUGCAGCUCGGCUCACCAUUUCUUCUCCAUUAGAAGCCCACAAGGCCAACACCUUGGUUUAUCAUGUGGUUGGAGUCGAUGUUGGGUUUGAAAACCCCAUGUUUGCUUGCCUGGAAAUGGAUUAUGAGGAAGCUGACAACGAUCCCACUGGUGAAGCUGCAGCAAACACACAGCAGACUUUAACAUUUUACGAGUUAGAUUUAGGUUUGAACCAUGUGGUCAGGAAAUACAGUGAACCGUUGGAAGAGCAUGGAAAUUUUCUUAUAACAGUUCCUGGAGGCUCUGAUGGUCCCAGUGGGGUGCUGAUUUGCUCUGAAAACUACAUUACCUACAAAAACUUUGGUGACCAACCAGAUAUUCGAUGUCCAAUUCCCAGGAGAAGGAAUGACUUGGAUGACCCUGAGAGAGGCAUGAUCUUUGUCUGUUCUGCUACACACAAGACCAAGUCAAUGUUUUUUUUCUUAGCUCAAACAGAGCAGGGUGAUAUUUUCAAAAUCACCUUGGAGACUGAUGAGGACAUGGUCACAGAAAUUCGACUGAAGUACUUUGACACUGUUCCUGUAGCUGCAGCCAUGUGUGUGCUGAAAACAGGCUUUCUCUUUGUGGCUUCUGAGUUUGGAAACCACUACCUCUACCAGAUUGCUCACCUUGGAGACGAUGACGAUGAGCCUGAGUUCUCCUCUGCGAUGCCUCUGGAGGAGGGGGACACGUUCUUCUUCCAGCCCCGGCCCCUUAAAAACCUGGUAUUGGUGGACGAGCUGGACAGUCUGUCUCCGAUUUUGUCCUGUCAGAUCGCUGACCUUGCAAAUGAAGAUACCCCUCAACUGUAUGUGGCAUGCGGAAGGGGGCCACGGUCUUCUCUGAGAGUACUGAGACAUGGACUUGAGGUGUCUGAAAUGGCGGUCUCGGAGUUGCCUGGUAAUCCUAAUGCCGUGUGGACAGUGAGGAGACACAUUGAAGAUGAAUUUGAUGCUUAUAUCAUUGUGUCCUUCGUCAAUGCCACCCUGGUUCUGUCUAUCGGAGAAACCGUGGAGGAAGUGACUGACUCGGGAUUUCUUGGAACCACACCCACCUUGUCCUGCUCAUUGCUGGGAGAUGAUGCCUUGGUACAGGUUUAUCCUGAUGGUAUCAGGCACAUCCGAGCAGAUAAACGAGUUAAUGAAUGGAAAACACCGGGGAAAAAAACCAUUGUCAAGUGCGCGGUGAAUCAGAGACAAGUGGUGAUCGCGUUGACUGGAGGAGAAUUGGUUUACUUUGAGAUGGAUCCAUCAGGACAACUGAAUGAAUACACAGAGAGGAAGGAGAUGUCAGCUGAUGUUGUAUGCAUGAGUUUGGCAAACGUUCCUCCUGGAGAGCAGCGCUCCCGUUUCCUUGCUGUUGGGCUGGUAGACAACACUGUGCGGAUCAUUUCGCUUGAUCCCUCGGACUGUCUGCAGCCUCUGAGCAUGCAGGCUCUCCCUGCGCAGCCAGAGUCCUUGUGCAUCGUGGAAAUGGGGGGAGCCGAGAAGCAAGAUGAGCUGGGAGAACGGAGCUCCAUUGGGUUUUUGUACCUGAACAUUGGCUUGCAGAAUGGUGUGCUACUCCGAACUGUCCUUGAUCCUGUCACUGGUGAUCUGUCUGAUACAAGAACCAGGUACCUUGGAUCCCGCCCUGUGAAGCUGUUCAGAGUCCGGAUGCAAGGCCAAGAAGCAGUGAGUGUGAUGGAUUGCCAUGGAAUCUGUGCCUAAAGCAAUGUGUGGGGA